AUGAGUCGCACCACUGAGGAAAACAGGCAUCAUCUAGUCCACAGCCAUGCCCAUGAAGAAGAUGUGCCCGGGACGGUAAACCUCAAUGCGGCCGAGGGUGACGAUACUGGAUAUGGUCAAGCACUUUUUCCGGUCCCUGCAGAAGACCCCAAUGACCCUCUACAGUGGUCGAACUUCAAGAAGACAAUGAUUUUGAUAAUAUGUUCAUUCUAUUCCUUCCUGGCGAACUCCGCACUUCUUGGACCAUCGCCCUACAUCGACCUUUGGGCAUCGGAAUUUGGCAUUUCUCCUACCCAGGCGUCCGAACUCAUUUCAUACCCUAACCUCGCUUUUGGCUUCGGGUCAUUAGUGUUUGUGCCAUUGUACUUGAAGUUCGGACGUAGACCCAUCUUACUGGUAUCUCUUAUCAUAUUCUGUGGCGGAAUCAUCGGUGCUUCACAGAGCACUACAUAUGGUGGUCUGAUGGCUUCUCGAGUGAUCCACGCCCUUGGCUCCUGUGUCUGCGAGGCACUCCCGGUUCAGUUGGUAAAUGACAUCUUUUUCCUACAUGAACGGGGCGAGAGGAUUGGCUACUACACAGUUUGUCUUUGUUUGGGGUCGGCCGCGUCGUUACCAGCAGGCUAUAUCUUGGCGGGGGGCUAUGGUUGGCAACUUUUCUUCUAUGUUGUGUUCGCAUUUGGCGCCACAUUACUCAUACUGGCCUUUCUCUUUGUUGAAGAGACCUCGUAUGACCGCAAAGCAGCCAUGAUUAUGUCAACGGCACCGACGGAGGAAGAAAAGGCCAAUCAGGGUUGGAUAGAGCGGUCAGAUGCGCCAACUCCGCCUCGCAAAUCAUUCGUUAAGACUCUCAGCCCCUGGGGUAGAGUCGACCGUGAUGUUCCAUUUUUCACAAUGAUGGCAAGAAGCUUCACCUACUUUCUAGUACCCCAAGCGCUUUGGGUCAUCGCCUCCUAUGGUAUUAACAUUGGCUUAUUGGGGCUCGCAUAUUCGUACACCUUUCCAAUUCUCAUCACAUCACCACCUUACAACUGGACUGUGAUCAAUUCCGGUUUAUUCGCGAUAGCUGCCCUCGUAGGGUAUGCACUUGCCGUGCCAUUCACGUCAUCAUCUGAUAAACUUGCCGCUUACUUGACCAAACGCAACGGCGGGAUUCGUGAAGCAGAAAUGCGUCUAGGGGUUAUGUUGCCUGCAAUGCUGAUUGGGCCGGCUGGCAUUAUCCUGUACGGCAUCAUAGCCGAGAAGAGUCUGCAUUGGGUGCUCUACUUCAUUGGGGGAGCAAUGUCGUACUUUGCCGCUUACUUUUAUUUCUCCUUCACACUUGCAUAUGCUGUGGACUCAUAUAGCUCGAACUUCUCUGAGAUGAUAAUAGCCAUGAACCUUGGUAAACAGGUCAUUUCUUUCGGAUUCGGCCUGAAAGUACUCACCUGGGUAAUGGAGAGUGGCUAUGCAGUGGUUCUGUCGGGUAUUUUUGGAGGGGUGUUGUUAGCAAACAACCUCUUUCUGCUUGUUUUCAUGUUUUGGGGAAAAGACAUUAGGAUAUUCAUGUCCCGGACGUGGCUGGCGACGUUACAUUCUUCGAGCAUCAAGGAGGUUGUCACUCACUGA